AUGCUGACCACUAACAAGUUCAUUGAGAGGGUUGAUGCCAUCCUGAAAAACCAUUGCACCACGCAGGUGAACAAGUUUGCCAUUGAGUUUGGUUUGUCGACAGAGCAUGCUAGUCAUAUCAACAGAUGGGUUUCGUUUGCUAUUGCAUCAAAGGCAAGAGUUGUCGUUCUCAACCUCUCUCCUAAUAAGAGCGCAUUAGAUCGAGACAAUUAUGACUUCCCUUUUCAACUUUUCGAUGGACAUAGUGGAUCUCACCUUCAGGCUCUUCAGCUUCACUGGGUCACUUUGGGUCCACCUCCUGAUUUUUGUGGCUUUGCAAAUCUUAAAAUGCUUGAUCUUGUCUUUUUUAUCGUAUCGCAAGAUUUACAGCACUUAUUAUCGAAAUGCUGUGUACUUGAGUGGUUGAGAAUCCGGUUGUGCUUCUUCCAGCUGCCAAGCCUGUCAUCUCUGUGUGUUCAAGAGCCAUUAUACCGUCUGCAAUAUCUAUGUGUUGAAGAUUGUGCUUUUCGUGAAAUUGAGUUUCAUGCACCUAAUCUCAUGACAUUCGAGUACAAAGGUUCCCGAACUUUGAUUAAUCUUAAUGAAUGCUUGAAGCUUAAGACAGCAACUAUCAGACUCUAUCUGAACGAUACUCUUGAAUAUGUGCUGACUUGGAUUCCAUGUAUACUUCCUCAAGUUGACACUCUGUCUGUCAAACUUAGGAUCAGCAGCAAGAUGUCUGGAUUUACACAGCCCCCUCUUAAGUUUAUUCAGUUGAGGCAUUUAACUAUGGAAAUAACCAGCUGCUGUGAUCCAAAUUCAGUUUUUCAACUGGCUUUUCUUUUGGAAGCAGCUCCACUUUUAGAGGAUCUUCAUUUCGAUAUGUUUGGUUUUGAUUUAUGCCAUGGUGAUCUGGACGACAUAAUGGAUCUUCCUCAUUAUCAUCUCAAGAUAGUUUGCAUAGAUGGUUUUUACGGAACUGCUGGACAGGUCGGACUAGCAAAAUACAUCUUUAAAAAUGCAUUAGCCUUGGAGCAUUUGAUUGUGAAACCAGGUUGGAAAUUAAAGUUACCUACAUCUACCUCAACUGGGUAUGAACGCUAUGGGCGGCAGGAAGCCAAUAAAAAACUUGUUCCACUAGAUACCAACAGCGUACUCACAAUUUUGUAA